AAUGUUAUAUUCGGAUUCGAACGUUCUGUAUACACAUGUUUGGAUCAAAAAUAUUUUGCGGGAUAUUUUUUCAAAAAAAAAAUGUGGAAUCGACGACGUUUAUUUCAAAGAAUCAUAACCAUAAGAUCAUCAUCGAUUGUUGAAAAAUGUCAGCAAUUAUCAUCUCAACCAAAUAGAAUCAUUUCGUUUGAUCAAUUAGAAUUACGAUCAACAUUUGAUAAACAGCAAAGAAUUAUACCGAAUGUUACAUACCUGAAUCGUAUCGAUCAUCAUCAUUAUGAUUCGAAUCUAAAUCUUUAUUGUUGUGGUCCAACUGUUUAUGAUCAUAGUCAUUUAGGUCAUGCAAUUACUUAUAUACGUUGUGAUUUAAUUAUAAAAAUGUUACAAGAAUUUUGUAAUGUAAAUAUUCAUUUUGCAAUGAAUAUUACUGAUAUUGAUGAUAAAAUUAUAAAAAAAUCACAAGAAACUAAUGUGGAUUAUCGACAAUUAUCCAAUGAAUAUUAUCAAUCAUUUUUACAAGAUAUGCAUUCAUUACGUAUUACGAAACCAGAUUAUUUGGGUAAAGUUUUAGAUAAUAUUCCAACAAUAAGUGAUUAUAUUCAUCGGAUUUAUGAUAAAGGUUUUGCAUAUAUAAAUUCUGAAACGGGUGAUUUAAAUUUUGAUUAUGAAAAUUUUCUAAGAAAAUAUUCAAUAAAAAAUAUACCAAAUUUUGGUAGUAAUCAAAUAACGGAAAAAUCUUUUGGUAAACGUUCACCAAAAGAUUUUGCAUUAUGGAAAUCAUCGACAACAGCAAAAUUAUCGAAUGAACCAUAUUGGUUAUUAAAAUUACCGAACGGUACAGAGAUAAAAGGACGACCUGGUUGGCAUGUUGAAUGUAGUGCAAUAUCUGAAUCAAUAUUUGGUAAAAAAAUUGAUCUACAUUUUGGUGGUCAAGAUUUAAUGUUUCCACAUCAUCAUUGUGAAUCAUGUUGUAGUCAUGUUUAUCAAUAUAAGCCAUCAAUAGAUGAAAAUUCACAAAAAUUAUAUUCAAAUGUUAAUGUUUGGCUGCAUUCUGGUCAUCUAAUAUUACGUUCAGAAAAAAUGAGUAAAUCAUUGGGUAAUGUUAUAUUGAUAAAAGAUUUUCUACAAAAAUAUUCCGCAAACAUACUGAGAUUACUUUGUAUACGAACACAUUAUCGUUCGGAAAUAGAUUUUGAUGAAAAACUUUUACUUGAAAUGUCGGCAUUUGAUGAAAAAUUAUUAGAAUUACAACGUCAAAUUGAAUGGGCAAUAUAUAAAUUAUCGACCACAACAUCAUUCGACAACAAUGAUCUAUCGAUGAUGAACGUAACUAUCGAUACAUCGACAAUCGAUAGUAGUGAACAACAACAACAACAAUUAUCAUUAGAUGAAUGGAUUAAUCAAAUUGAACAAUCAAUUUGGUCUGGUUUAUUGGAUGAUAUGGAUUUAAAUCGUUCAUUAGUGAAAAUAAUAUGUUUAGCAAAUCAAUUUUCUGGGAUUUUAUCAUCAUCAAUUUAUCCGGAUCAACCACAAUCGAAACAAAAAUUUUUAUUUAAUUUAAUAAGAUUAAGAAAAUUAUUACAACGUUGGUUUAUGGCAACAUCAUUAGAUUAUUAUGAUAGUUUUGAUCAAUCAUCAUCAUCGACGACGACGACUAUUUCGACUGAUCAAUUGGCCAUAGUUGAAUAUUUAACCGAAUUUCGUCAAAAUAUUCGUCAAUCAACAUUGUUGAUGAUGAAAAAUUUGAAAAAAUUUCAACAACAACAAUCCGAACAACAACAACAACCAGAACAACAACAACAACAACUUGAACAACAAAAAUUUGAAAUGAAUAAAAUUCUUGAACAAUGUGAUCAAACAAGAACAUUUUUAGAAAAACAUGGUUUUAAAUUAAAGGACCAGCGAUCAUCGCCAUAAUUCAAUGAUUAUCUAAUCUAAUCUGGAUCAUCAUUAUCGAUAAUUAGUGUACAUGGAUCGUAGCGAGAGC